UGCUUAUUGCUAAAAUCAAAGUUGUGAUAGCCUAAAUUGUUUGAUUAAUUUAGCUCUAAUGAAUCCAAUGGGUGGUACUUACCCGGGGGUAUUUAGUGUUGAUAGACACGACCAGUGAAUAUCGCUUGAUAUUCCAUGAUAUGUGACACGAUUUUGACCAAUCAUACAACUGCUGUCUUGACAGUGAUGUAAUAAUGAAUGAUAUCCUCAUUAUUGCCUACUGAUAAUCAUUAUUAACAACUUAGUGUAUAUCGCCAAAAUCAUUAAUUAUAAAUGAAGUAACCGAGGGAUUUAAUAGCAUUCAUUUGAUCAAAGAUAGGAGGGAGAGGCACAUCAGCUUGAUAAAUACACUCUAAAGACCAGUAAUUCAUUAUAAUCUAUAGUUCAUAUAUUCACGCCAAGUGUGUUAAACGUUUCGUUACUUUACAUCUCAUUUUAACAGAUUAACAACAAAGGUUGAUAAGAGAAUGAAUGAUAAAUAAAAUAUAAGAGUUCGUGUGGCACUAAUGUAUUAUCAACUCUGCAAUUGCAAUUUUUGUAUUAUACUUAUUCGGUAUACCUUCGUAAUUGGAGAAUGUGAAAUUCAUUAUUGAUUGCCUCAAAUGGCGAAACGUUUGUUUCCAACCUGCCCUUACACCGAUUGCUUAUUUACUAUUUAGCAAAUGUUUAUAAAGCAGGUAGAAGGAUUGUCAUAUCCCAAUUUGCAAUUUUCAGUUAAUAUCUAGAUUAAAUCAGAUAUACCGAAUGUAUACGCGAACGUAUAAAAUACACAAGCAACGAUUAUUUGUCUGAUAAUUUAAACUCACACACAUUUAGCGAGAAAUCGGUACAUUUAAAGUGUUAAUGAUGUGCUGUAGUUUAAUAGUUGUACUUAUGACAACCGCGAUGUUCUUUUUAAUACAUCAUAACAUACAAGGAUGCGUCAUCUCAAAAUAUUACAAAAUCAUCAAUGGUAAAAAAUUAAAUGUUGAUGCCAUGAAACAGUUAAGUGACAUAGAAACGAAACAAUUUUGUAUACUAAAGUGUCAAAUAUCUGCUGACUGUGAGGCGGUCAAUUACUCUCCACUUAGUAAAACGUGUGAGUUAAUCCAUAGACAGAACUCAAAUGGUUUAAUAAUCUCGGUUGAUGGAUGGUUGUAUAGUGAAUGCUACCCCAAGAAACAAGACAAAAUGAAGCGUGACUGUUCAGACCAUCUGUCCAGUAGCUGUAACGUAUCUAAUGGAGUAUAUACAAUUCAGCCGAAUCCUCGAAAACCUGCCUUCGAGGUUUUCUGCGAUAUGACAGAUGGUGGCUGGACCGUGCUGCAGAAACGAUUUGAUGGAAGCGUGUCAUUUUAUGAUAAACUAUGGAAAGCAUAUAAGAGUGGAUUUGGAAACUUGAAUGGUGAGCAUUGGCUUGGUAACGAUAACAUCCAUUCUUUAACAGCUAGUGGGUCAUAUGGAAUCAAGUUUGACCUCCAGGAUCAUCAUGGAUCAUGGUAUGAUGCGUACUAUGAACCCUUCUAUAUUCAUUCGGAAAAUGAAAAUUACCGAUUGUCCAUUGGACCCUACAUCUCAGGCACGGCUAAUGAUAGCAUAAACAACAUUAAAAAAAGUAUGGGCUUAAAUGGGCAAAAUUUUACUACAAAUGACAGAGAUAAUGAUUUAUGGUCCAAUGGCAACUGUGCACUAGAACGUAACUCCGGUGGAUGGUUUUAUAAUAAACAAUGUUCCUAUGUCCGUCUUAAUGCCAAGUACAGUUUUAAUGGGGCAUAUAAUAACACUGUCAUGGGCAUCCGAUGGCAAAGUAUUACACAUAAAACACAACCUUUUAAGUCCCUAAAAGCAUCUACCAUGAAAGUAAGACGCAUUAAUUGACUUCAACGUUUGAGGACGUGAUUAUUUCAAAAUAUGAAAUGAUCUAGGUGACGAGUAAAUAAAGUAUUUCAAUCCAGACUUAAAAUGUAAUGGAAAUGUUGCAUUGUGCGAUCCACAGACUCUACUAUUCCUUGGAUAAAAGAUAGACGCCGAUAAAUCAAAAUGGAAAUGUUGUGCCGGUGUUGGUUCUUGAGCGGAAAACACUUUCUUGCGAUAAGAAGUGAUUGAUAUGAUGAAACCGUUUUAAUAUUCUCUUUGAAAAAUUCCUCAAUAGUAAGACACACACUGUUGAAAUGAACGAAUGUCUGAACUAAUUGGAUAUAAUACUUGGUGAACCGAAAAUAGGACACUCACAUACACUCCUCUCCAUAAGUUUGGCAACCUUUUUCAUAACCUGCAAAGAAAAAACAUAACGAUAUGUUACUUGUUACAUUUUCUACUUCAAAUUUUCUAAUUUUUUUCCUCAAUUGCAAUAAGUCGAAAAUUGAUGAAAAAACA